CACAAACAUAUUGAGUCCGAAUUAAUCUCCCGAUCAGAAUCCAUCAUCUGAGUUAAUCGGCUGCUGACAUGAAUUUCACACCUGUGGACGGCAAUGUGACAGAAGCAGUGAAUCACCUGGACAUGUUAAUUACAGCUCUCAGCAGGAAUUUAACUGUUGUUAUCCUCGGCAUCACCAUCAACUACAUCAAUGCCACCAUGGUCCACACAUUCAACACACAUCAUAUCUUCAAGUCGAACCCUCGCUAUAUCCUUUUCAUCCACCUGGUGUUCAACGAUAUGAUCCAGCUGACAACCAGCAUUUCCCUCUUCAUCUUCGCCUACGCAUUCAACACCAUCUAUGUCUCCCUCUGUUGUCUCCUCAUUUUGCCAGCGAUUCUUACUACACUAAACACCCCUCUGAACCUAGCUUUUAUGGCAGCAGAGUGCUACAUCGCAGUCUGCAUUCCCCUCCGCUACAACAACAUAUGUACGGUCAAAAGAACAUAUAUUGUAAUUGGCAUAAUCUGGACAAUGAGUUCACUUUCUGUCCUACCCGAUGUCUUCAUCCUUCUGGCCACUGAACCUCUGGAGUUCCUAAAUUCAAGAGUUUACUGUUCCAGGGAUUCAGUGUUUAGGAGCCCCUACACUGUAAAGAAGAGGGAUGUAUCCCACAUAUUGUUUCUGGUUGUGGUUUGGCUCACUCUGUUUUACAGUUACUUGAGAAUUUUGUUUGUGGCCAAAGCUGCUAAUGCAGAUGCUAAAAAGGCCAGAAACACAAUCCUCCUUCAUGGCUUUCAGGUGCUGCUGUGUAUGACGUCUUAUGUGCGACCUAUGUUAUCUCAAGUGCUGACAUACUUGUUCCCAGCAGUGGUGAGAUCUAUAUACUUUGUUAUGUUUAUUAUAAACCAAAUCCUCCCUCGCUUUGUUAGUCCUAUUGUCUACGGGUUACGAGACAAGACUUUCAGGAAGUACUUUAAAAGGUAUCUGUGUACAGUAAACAGACAUCCAAAAACAACACCAACAUAAAAUAAUAUUUCUAGAACCCUGAGAUGUUGGUAAGUGGAAGUCAGACUUUUAUCGUACCAAAAUUUAAAAAUGUAUGAAACAGAUAAAAUGACCAAAACUUAUUAAAGUAAUAAAGCAAUGAUAAGACUGGGCUCAGAAUAGAACAUGUAAGAUCAUUGUGUAUAGUAAUGUAGAGAUCAGAUCUGCAGUAUAAACAUGAUUUGACAACAAUUAA